UGGCCUGGGAGAGCGGAGUCCCCGGAGCGCAGCGGGUGCCGACCGGCGCCCAGACGCGGGACAUGUCGCGGUCAGCCGGCCGGGUCGCCACAGCUGCCCCGGGGGGCAGUUCGGGGUGCGGCCCCUCGCCCUGACGCGCCGCCUCUGCCCCGGGACGUGCUGCCCCGUCUGGGAAAGUGAAACGGUCUAUUUCUUUUUUUUUUGGGGGGGGGGGACUCAUCGGAACCGCGGGAGGCCGGCCAGGAUGGACCGGGGUCAUGGGUCCCGGCGCGGCCUGCAGUAACUCUCCGGCCACUGUGACCGACUGCGGAGAAGCAGGCUGGGAGCGCAGCUCACUUCAGACCUCCCUCUAACCCCCCCAGUUUCGUGGGAAGCGGACUUGGCGGCGCCCGGCGUGCGGCCGGACUCUCCCCCUGCGCGCCGCCAUGGCGGACAGCGGCCUGGGGCGCAUGGUGUCCCGGCCCGGGGAGGAGGCUGUCCUGGGCGCCGUGCUGCCGGCCUCCUCCCCGCACAACACCUCCCUGUCGGCCAGCCCGACCCCCGGGAGCGACUCCCGGGGCUGCGAGAACGGCGCCCUGAUGGACAGCUUCGGCAUCUUCCUGCAGGGCCUGCUGGGGGUGGUGGCGUUCAGCACGCUGAUGUUGAAGCGUUUCCGGGAGCCCAAGCACGAGAGGCGCCCCUGGAGGAUCUGGUAAACCCCUCGCCUGCCCCAGACACCCUCUCCCGGGGGCGGGGGGCUUCCUGCUGGACAGGAGAGAUGGUCCCCUGGUCCUCUCCCGUUUCUCUCUUUGUCUGGCACUCCCUCUCUCCCCUCUGCCUCUCAUUUCAUUCUCCCUCUCCCCUCUGCCUCCUGGUCGCCGUCUCUCUCUCUCCCUGCCCCUUCCUGCCCAGCUCCUGGGCCGGGCUGUGGAAUUUCUCCAGCGCAGCGACUUGUGUGGGAAUUUCUCUGCCUUUGGUCUGUAUUUCCGGGGCUGUGCUGGGUGUGGAGGCGGGGCUGGUGAUGCAGGGGGGGCGGGGCUUGGCUGGCAUGGGGGGUGUGGCUAGAGAA